AUCACCCUACAGGUUGUUGUACCUCAGGCUUCACCACACAUACACAAGGACAUAGAGGCAGGAUGAAGCUGCUGCUGGUUGUAGCUGCUGUUCUGGCCGUGGCCAGCUGUGCCAGCUUAUCUCUGGAGGACCUGGAGUUCCACGCCUGGAAGCUCAAGUUUGGAAGGUCCUACAGCUCUCCAUCAGAGGAGGCUCAGCGCAAGCAAACCUGGCUCAACAACCGCAAACUGGUGCUGGUGCACAACAUCAUGGCCGAUGAGGGCAUCAAGUCCUACCGCCUCGGCAUGACCUACUUUGCUGACAUGGAAAAUGAGGAGUACAAGCGACUGAUUUCCCAGGGCUGCCUGCGCUACUUCAACGCCUCUCUGCCUCGCCAGGGCUCUACCUUCCUCCGCCUGCCCGAGAGCAACGACCUGCCCACCUCUGUUGACUGGAGAGAGAAGGGCUACGUCACUGAUGUCAAGGAUCAGAAGCAGUGCGGCUCCUGCUGGGCCUUCAGUACAACUGGGUCGCUGGAGGGUCAGCACUUCAGGAAGACUGGGAAGCUGGUGUCUCUGAGCGAGCAGCAGCUGGUCGACUGCUCCACCGACUAUGGCAACUAUGGCUGCGAUGGAGGCCUGAUGGACAACGCCUUCAAGUACAUCCAAGCCAACGGAGGCAUAGACACUGAGGAGUCCUACCCUUAUGAGGCCGAGGAUGGUCAGUGCCGUUUCAAGCCCGACUCCAUUGGUGCCAAAUGCACAGGCUACGUCGAUGUGAAACAAGGCGAUGAAGACGCCCUGAGGGAGGCUGUGGCCACCAUUGGACCUGUGUCUGUGGGCAUCGAUGCUUCUCAUGUCUCCUUCCAGCUCUAUCAGUCAGGAAUGUAUGAUGAGCCAGACUGCAGCAGCACAGACUUGGACCACGGCGUACUGGCUGUGGGCUACGGGAGUGACAACGGAAACGACUACUGGCUGGUAAAGAACAGCUGGGGUCUACAAUGGGGAGACAAAGGAUACAUCAUGAUGAGUAGGAACAAACACAACCAGUGUGGCAUCGCGACUGCGGCCAGCUACCCGCUGGUCUGAGCAGGGUCCAGGGCUCAGCUCAGCGAGGAGGAGAACGAUGACAUAAUUUCACUUUGAUUUCAUAGACUUCAAGAAACUGAGUUAUAGAACAACAUGUCUGUUUGUUGUGUUUGUCUUUUUUAUGAAGAUUGUAAAUAAAUGUAAAGAAAAUGUUGACUGAUACUUGAAAAAUAAUUGAUUUUGUUGUGAUUUUGUUGAUCUUCAUUGUCCACCUUCAUAUUACUGCAGAUAUCACCAGUGCAUUGUUAUUCGGCUGUAAAGACUGCAGUGUCCAUCUGUUGGUCCGUCCAUGCACCAAUAUUGUCCAGACUGAAAUAUCUCAGUAACUAUUAGAUGGAUUGCUGUGACAUUUUGUACAGACAUUCAAGUCAAAUGUCAACUUAAACUUUCUGUGACAGGGUUGAUAUUGAUUUUUAAGUGCAUGUCUGCUCAUUUAUUGAUGUUUGCCCCCUUAAAAUACCUCUAAAACCUCGGUAAUCACACAAAAUCUAGCUCAAUCAACUGGUCAGACUUUAAGAUUGUCCAGCAUUUCUGUUUCUGUUUCACUGUCAACAACACAACUCUGGAGUUUCACAGCAAUAUAGCAUUGCAGCGUUCUCCUAAACAGUAGAUGGGGUUUUAAAACAUAAAAAACAACUGAAAAAAAAAACCUCAUCUGGUGUAAUCCAAGUUUGUGGAAGCCUCGCGAUCCUGAUCUGAUUUGAAAAGUGCAGUCGAGCUAAUGCACCCACUUUAAACAAGGUGUGGGCUAACGCUUUUAGUUUUUAGCUGAAGAUAUCUGCUUAAAAAAACACCUUUUCAAAUCAGUUUGGGAGAUUUGUUUUACACCUUAUACAAGAAUGCUAUACUGCUGCAAAGAUCCAGAAACGCUUUGUGGACUGCAAGGCUUCACUUGACUAUCCACCGGCAUGGGCGGUGAGUGAAUGACUGAAUUUUCAUUUUUGGUUGAACAUGUCCUUUAAAUUGUAUUUUUUUGUGUGUGUGUGUGUGUGUGUGUGUGUGUGUGUGUGUGUGUGUGUGUGUG